UAAUACGUCAGUCAGACAACAAUGGCGGCCUUCGCUGUAGCACGGAGCAGCUGCGGUCUGCUUUCCGGACUAAAAGCUUCUUUUAAAACAUUCGGACAGGUAAAACAUGGCGUGGUUUCGGCAGCCGUUGCACAGUCCGAGCUGCAGCAACAGUCGCGGCGGUGGUAUUCCGUUAGUCAUCUCUCCGUUCAGGAGAGGAUAGACAGAAAGAGGAAUGCUGCGCUGAUCGGAGGAGGUCAGAAGAGAAUUGACGCGCAACACAAAAGGGGGAAGCUGACAGCCAGAGAGAGAGUUGAGCUCCUGUUGGAUAAGGACUCGUUUGUAGAGUGUGACAUGUUUGUGGAACAUCGCUGCUCUGACUUCGGCAUGGAAGAGGACCACAACAAGUUCGCAGGGGACAGUGUGGUGACUGGACAGGGGAGGAUCAACGGAAGGCUGGUGUAUGUCUUCAGUCAGGACUUCACAGUAUUUGGAGGCAGUCUGUCUGGGGCUCACGCACAGAAGAUCUGUAAGAUCAUGGACCAGGCCAUGAUGGUGGGUGCUCCAGUCAUUGGUCUAAAUGACUCUGGCGGAGCCAGGAUACAGGAGGGGGUGGAGUCACUGGCUGGAUACGCCGACAUCUUCCUGAGGAAUGUGAUGGCUUCAGGUGUGGUUCCUCAGAUCUCUCUGAUCAUGGGUCCCUGUGCUGGAGGAGCUGUCUACUCUCCUGCCCUGACCGACUUCACCUUUAUGGUCAAGGACACCUCAUACCUGUUCAUCACAGGUCCUGACGUAGUGAAGUCUGUCACCAAUGAAGACGUCACUCAGGAGGAACUGGGAGGAGCUAAAACACACACCGCCGUGUCAGGCGUCGCUCACCGUGCGUUUGAGAACGACAUUGAUGCUCUGCUCAACCUCCGAAACUUCUUCAACUUCCUUCCCCUUAGCAACCAGGACCCCACCCCCGUUACUGAGUGCCACGACCCCAGUGAUAGACUGGUUCCUGGUCUGGACACCAUUGUUCCCUUUGAGACCACUAAAGCCUACGACAUGCUGGACAUCAUCCAGGGGAUUGCGGACGAGAGGGAGUUCUUUGAGAUCAUGCCUAACUACGCUAAAAACAUCGUAGUGGGAUUCUCUCGCAUGAACGGACGAACUGUUGGAAUUGUAGGGAAUCAACCUAAAGUAGCGUCUGGUUGUCUGGACAUUAACUCAUCAGUGAAGGGAGCUCGCUUCGUUCGUUUCUGCGACGCUUUCAACAUCCCCAUCCUCACCUUCGUGGACGUGCCUGGUUUCCUGCCAGGUACGUCUCAGGAGUAUGGAGGUAUCAUCCGACACGGGGCCAAGCUACUGUUUGCCUUUGCUGAGGCCACCGUCCCCAAGAUCACCAUCAUCACUAGGAAGGCCUACGGAGGAGCGUAUGACGUCAUGAGUUCCAAGCACCUGAGAGGAGAUGUGAACUACGCCUGGCCGUCUGCAGAGGUGGCUGUGAUGGGAGCCAAGGGUGCUGUGCAGAUCAUCUUCAGAGGGAAAUCCAACCAGGCAGAGCAGGAGGCUGAAUACGUAGAGAAGUUCGCCAACCCUUUCCCUGCCGCUGUCAGAGGGUUCGUGGAUGACAUCAUCGUGCCGUCGACCACCCGGAAGAGGAUCUGUAGGGAUCUGGAGGUUCUGGCUUCCAAGAAACAGACCAACCCCUGGAAGAAACACGCCAACAUCCCACUCUAACAGACACCUUCAACCACCCGACCGGUCUGUCUCCAAUUUCACCUGUAGCUUAGAGCAGGGCUCUCCAACCCUGUUCCUGGAGAGAUACCUUCCUGUAGGUUUUCACUCCAACCCUAAUCUAGCGUACUUGAUUCUAACAAUUUGUUUGUUGAUAAGCUGAAUCAGGUCAGUAUCUCUCCAGGAACAGGGUUGGAGAGCCCUGGAUUAGAUCCACUUAUCUGUCCCUAACCCUGUGGGACUUGUUAGGAAGAAUCAGCAUUUUUCUGUCUGAUUUGUUAAAUAAAAUCAUUGAAAUUGUAAA